AUGGCCUUUUCCUUCGUUCUUCGUAUUCUAUCCCCCCUUUUUCUAAUCCUGCAACUGUCGACGGCAGCCUCGACGUCCACUCUUCGCCAAUGCCUUCUCACUGCGGUGCAGAAUGACCCAACCCUUGUCGCCGUGGAUGGUGACCUUCUCUAUCAGACGCUCGCCGUUCAGGUGUACAACCUGAACUGGCCCGUCACGCCGGCAGCAGUGGCCUUUCCCAAGUCCACCCAGCAAGUCGCCUCUAUCGUCAAUUGCGCCGUGUCGCUGGGCUACAAAGUCCAGGCCAAGAGCGGAGGCCACAGUUAUGGCAAUUACGGCCUCGGCGGCACCAAUGGCGCGAUCAGUAUCAACCUCAAGAAUAUGAAAUCCUUCUCCAUGAACUACACCAACUACCAGGCCACCGUGGGUGCCGGCAUGCUAAAUGGCGAACUCGACGAAUAUCUCCACAACGCCGGGGGGCGGGCCGUCGCGCACGGCACCUCUCCACAGAUCGGCGUUGGAGGUCACGCAACCAUCGGUGGACUGGGCCCCUCGGCGCGUCAAUAUGGAAUGGAACUCGACCACGUUUUGGAAGCCGAAGUCGUUCUUGCCAAUGGCACCGUAGUGCGCGCCUCGUCUACCCAGAAUUCGGACCUACUAUUUGCCAUCAAAGGCGCCGGCGCCAGCUUCGGCGUCGUCACCGAGUUCGUCUUCCGCACUGAGCCCGAACCGGGCUCCGCAGUCCAGUAUACCUUCACCUUCGGACUCGGAAGCACUUCGGCGCGCGCCGACCUGUUCAAGAAAUGGCAGAGCUUCAUCUCUCAGCCAGACCUCACCCGCAAAUUUGCUAGCAUCUGCACCCUUCUCGAUCACGUCUUGGUCAUCUCCGGUACCUUCUUCGGCACCAAAGAAGAAUACGACGCUCUCGGUCUGGAGGACCAGUUCCCCGGCCACACCAACUCCACCGUCAUUGUCUUCACCGACUGGUUGGGCCUCGUGGCCCAAUGGGCCGAGCAGUCCAUCCUUGACCUGACGGGCGGCAUUCCCGCGGACUUCUACGCCCGCUGUCUCUCCUUCACGGAGAAGACCCUCAUCCCGUCCAACGGCGUCGACCAACUCUUCGAGUAUCUCGACAGCGCUGAUACCGGAGCACUGCUCUGGUUCGUUAUCUUCGACCUCGAAGGUGGCGCCAUCAAUGACGUCCCCAUGGACGCAACGGGGUAUGCCCACCGCGACACGCUCUUCUGGCUGCAGUCGUACGCCAUCACGCUGGGGUCUGUGUCGGAGACCACCUAUGACUUCCUGGACAACGUGAACGAGAUUAUUCGUAACAAUACUCCCGGUCUGGGCAAUGGAGUGUAUCCAGGCUAUGUGGAUCCCCGUCUCCAGAACGCUCGCGAGGCGUACUGGGGUUCCAAUCUGCCGAGAUUGAUGCAGAUCAAGUCGUUGUAUGACCCGACCGAUCUGUUUCAUAACCCGCAGGGCGUGUUGCCUGCGUGA